AGCUCAGUUCGUCGCAGCUCGCAAAGCAAUCGCAACGUACUUGUGGCGCUGGGGAUUUAGGUUCGGUACACUUCGGUUUGGGCGGUUUGUUUAUCGUUCAACACAAAAUACUUAUUCUACUACAAACAAGCAUUGGAAGCCAAAUUGGCGCCGUAUUUGGUUUCGGUUUCAAGUGUCUGCAGUUGUUGCUUUGUAUAAUUAUUGUUAUUACACGAUCGGUUGAGGGUCGCCUGUGUGUUAAAUAAUAAACGAUAAAAUAAUUACGCUCGAGAUAUGCAACAGCAACAAUAACAAUAACAAUAGCUACGCAAGCGUAGAAAGUUUAUAUUAUUAUUAUUUUGAAAGCCAACAAAACACAAAAUUCAAAGCCAAAAACCGAAGCAUCAUCAAAUUUUUUGCGUGUGAAACCGAAAAAAGAGCGACGAAAAAAAAGAAACCCAACUGGUAGAGUUGUGUGCGUGCCGGAGUGUAUGUGUAUGUGUGUGUGCAUUAUAACAAUUUUGGUGAAAUAAAUAAAAAUAUAAAUAAUGUCUGGUCCAAUGCCCGAAAUCAGCGUUGAGCAGCGCAAAACAUUGGAACAGUUCCGCGAACUGAUGAGUGAUGAACUCAAGGAUACGCAUGAUGAUUACUUUCUGCUACGCUGGCUACGAGCUCGCAAAUGGAACAUUGAAGCGGCGGAAAAAAUGCUUAAAGCGAGUCUCAAGACACGCGCCAUGUGGAACGUGGACAACAUUGAGAAGUGGGAUGCGCCGCAAGCACUGCGCGAGUAUCUGCCCUAUGGCAUAAUGGGUUAUGACAAUGAGGGUUCACCAGUGAUUGUGUGCCCCUUUCACACCUUUGACAUGUGGGGCAUGCUGCAUUGCGUGACACGUUUCGAGUUCCAAAAGUAUUUGGUGCUGAUACUGGAGCGUCUAACGAAGCUCGCCUAUGAGCAGAGCCUGAAGCAUGGCUGGAAGGCACGCCAGCUAGUCGUCUUCUUUGACUGUGAAUCGAUGAACCUGAAACAGUUCGCCUGGCGGCCAGCGGCCGAGUGCGUCAUCUCAUCGGUGAAGGAGUAUGAGGGAAACUUUCCGGAGCUGCUCAAGAGGUGUUACAUUAUCAAUGCGCCCAAGCUGUUCUCCGUCGCAUUUAACAUAGUCAAGAAGUUCCUGGACGAGAACACCACCAGCAAGAUACACAUCUACAAGACUGGAUCGGACAAGUGGCAGCAGCAGCUCUUCGCUCACGUCGAUCCGAAGAACUUUCCCAAAUGCUGGGGCGGCCAGCUGGUGGACGAGCACGGAGAUCCCCAGUGCAGAUCCAUGAUGGUGUGGGGCGGCAAGGUGCCCGAGUCGCUAUUCGUCGACCAGAGCAACCAAGAGAGCGACAAGGACUUCACCGAAACCCAUGUACCCAAGGGCGAUAAACUGAAGAUCGACUUCAAGGUGAAUGGUCAGGCGGAGCAGCUGCUGUCAUGGAAUUUCCGCACACUUGACCACGACAUCAAGUUCGGUAUUUACAGCGUGGAUGCAAAGACGGGCGAGAAACGCAGUGAAAUCCCCCUCGGCACUGUCCACUCCCACGAAAUGGACGAGGUUGGCUGCAUCUCCACGCGGCCCAACACGACGUACACCGUUGUAUUUGAUAACUCGGCAAGCUAUUUGCGCAGCAAGCGGCUGCGCUACUGGGUCGAUCUCAUGUCCGGCGAGGAGGAGGAGGGCAUCACUGAGCUGACCAACCAAAUGGAGAGCACACAAAUUGUGGCACAGCAGUGAUAUAUUGCAGCAACAGCAGCAACUCAGCCAAAAACUCAGCAAGCACAUUGAAGAGUAUACCAAUUCGGCACAGCCGAAUCUUUUAUACCAUUGCCCGAAGAUUGUGAUAACAGUUAUCGUCUAUUUAAUAGAAACAAGUUUCCACUUAUCUCUAAAUACCUGAAAUUAUCUGGCAUUAUUUGGCUUUGUCCGGGAUCAGCUUAUCUUUGAAUUGAACUUAAUUAUCCGAGCUGAGAGAAAAUAUUACCAAAUUAAUUUUCAUAUAGAUCCUUGAUCUAAGUCUAUCACAUAGUUUCCACGUCCGGCUGUGGUAGUUUUUAAACGUUUUUGGAAAUUACUGAUAAUGCAGCUUUCCUCUUUUCCUCAAUAAAUCAGAUAAUAGAUUAUACUCUCCAGAUCUUCAGCAAGGGUAUAUGCUAUAACAAACAACCACUUGUACUAACCUCGGUGAAAGUAGCCACAAAUUCGCACGACAGUUGGCAGCAGGCAACUGGCGUUGCUAGAGACCUAUGUGAUAACAGCAAACAAUCAAUAAAACUAAUAAUAAAUAAGAAAGAGCACUUUACGCUUAGAGUA